AUGUCGGUUAGGGAAUUUUGGAUCAAUUACUUGGAUUCUCCAACGUUGUCGGUGUUACCCCAUGAUUUUUUGAAGCCUGCAAAUAACCAAUCUGUGGAGGCUAGCCAUCAGUUCAAGGCAGAGGGGAAAUUUAUUACCGGAUUGGCUGUAUUUGCUGCAUUAAUCUAUAGAUUGACCGGUGAUGAUGACAUCUUGAUUGCUACCGACACAGAUACCGGAAAAGAAUUCAUUAUUCGUGUAAACGUCUUGCCUACAAUGACAUUCAAGGAAUUGGAAGCCUUGGUUACAAAGGAGUACGAGCAAAACUUUUCCAAGUUAGAUUCUUUGGACGAAAUUGCUCUUGACAUUAAAAAUAAGAAGAAAUUAGACGACCUUCCAGGUUUGUUCAAAUUGUCUUAUCAACACUCCACUGAAAACGACCAAUUGUUGACCAGUGUUGAAGGUUCUAUCAGAGACUUGGCUGUGUAUGUAGGCCAAUCGGGUAAGCUUGGUAUCCAUUACAACUCUCUCUUGUACAAAAAUGAAAGAAUUUUGAUAUUGGCUGAGCAGUAUACUAAGUUCUUGAAAGCAGUGACUGAAAACGCUGACUCUGUUAUAACUUCCGUCUCACUUUUAACUCCAAGCCAAUUGGAUACUCUUCCAGACCCAACUAAGGACUUGGACUGGUCCGGUUACAGAGGUGCUAUUCAAGACAUUUUCAUGGAAAAUGCUCUUAAGCAUCCAGACCUGACCUGUGUGGUGGAGACUAAGUCUUUCAUGGAUCCAAAAUCCAAGACUAGAACUUUUAACUAUAAGCAGAUCAACCAAGCCUCAAAUGUUGUAGGAAACUACUUGAAGGAAACCGGAAUCAAAAAGGGUGAUAUCGUGAUGAUCUACGCCUACAGAGGAGUAGAUUUAAUGGUUGCAGUUAUGGGUGUCUUGAAGGCUGGUGCUACAUUUUCGGUAAUCGAUCCUGCUUACCCUCCUGCUAGACAAAACAUUUAUCUUCAGGUUUCUAAGCCAAAGGGUUUGAUAGUCUUAAAAAAAGCCGGUAUCUUAGACGAUCUUGUAGAAAACUAUAUCAAGGAAGAAUUGGAAGUCGUUUCUUCAGUGAGAGGUUUGAAAUUAAAUGACGAUGGUGAAAUUGAAGCUGAUAACUCCACAUCAUUAGUUUCUUACCAAAAGUAUAAAGAUAUUCCUACUGGAGUUGUUGUUGGCCCUGAUUCAAACCCAACAUUAUCCUUCACUUCUGGUUCUGAAGGUAUCCCCAAGGGUGUCUUGGGUCGUCACUUCUCAUUAGCAUACUAUUUCCCUUGGAUGAGUGAAAAAUUUAACCUUUCGUCUAAGGAUAAGUUUACUAUGCUUUCUGGUAUUGCUCAUGAUCCAAUCCAAAGAGAUAUGUUCACUCCAUUGUUUUUAGGUGCUCAAUUACUUAUUCCAACUGCAGACGAUAUUGGAACUCCAGGUAAAUUAGCUGAUUGGAUGAGUGAGUAUGGUGCCACUGUAACACAUUUGACUCCUGCAAUGGGUCAAUUAUUAAGUGCACAAGCCACUACCCCAAUCCCAACAUUACACCAUGCCUUCUUUGUUGGUGAUAUCUUAACCAAGAGAGAUUGCUUGAGAUUACAGACAUUGGCUAAAAACGUCUACAUUGUGAACAUGUACGGUACCACUGAAACGCAACGUUCAGUAUCCUACUUUGAAAUUACAAGCUCCAAUGACGAUCCUACUUAUUUGAAAAACUUGAAGGAUGUUAUGCCAGCUGGUUCAGGUAUGAAAAACGUUCAAUUGCUUGUCGUUAAUAGAAAUGAAAGACUGCAAACCUGUGGUGUGGGAGAAGUUGGUGAAAUAUAUGUUAGAGCUGCAGGAAUGGCCGAAGGAUACAGAGGAUUACCAGAUUUAAACAAAGAAAAGUUUGUCACAAAUUGGUUUGUCACUAAACCGUGGGAAAACAAGUACGAUGGUGAAUGGCUCGGCCCAAGAGAUAGACUUUACAGAACUGGUGAUUUAGGAAGAUACUUACCAGAUGGUAAUGUGGAAUGUUGUGGUAGAGCUGAUGACCAAGUCAAGAUUAGAGGGUUCAGAAUUGAGUUAGGAGAAAUUGAUACACACUUAUCUCAACAUCCUCUGGUUAGAGAAAAUGUUACUCUCGUUAGAAGAGAUAAGAAUGAAGAACCUAUUUUAAUUUCAUAUAUUGUGCCAAAGGAAAAAAUUUCCUACUCAAGCAAUGAAUCUUCUGAUCCAAUUGUUGAAGGAUUGGUAUUACUAGAUGACUUAGUCAAAGAUAUCAAAGCUUACUUAAGAAAAAGAUUAGCCUCUUAUGCUGUUCCAACAAUUAUUGUCCCGUUAUCUAAAUUACCAUUGAAUCCAAAUGGUAAGGUCGAUAAGCCAAAAUUGCCAUUCCCAGAUACUGCACAAUUAGAAGAAGUUGCCAAGCGUAUGGGCGCCAAACAUGGAGGAAGCAGCAAUUCUGCCGAAGACAAGUUAAACAAAUUUGAAUCUGAAAUCAAAGAAAUGUGGUUGGAAGUCUUACCAAACAGACCUGCAACAAUUUCUAAAUCCGAUUCUUUCUUUGACUUGGGUGGACAUUCAAUCUUAGCUACCAGAAUGAUUUUUGAAAUUAGAAAAAAAUUGUUAGUUGAUGUAGCUCUUGGUGCUAUUUUUAAAAAUCCAACAUUGGAAGGGUUUGCUAAGGAAGUGGAAGCAGCAAUUAAGGGAGAAGGUUUAGCUGGCCUUGCUGGUGAAAAUGAGAACAAUGAUGGUGCCGAAGCUGAAAAGGAAGCUGCUGUGGACUAUGAGGCCGAUGCUAAGAAAUUGAUCGAAUCAUUGCCAGAAUCUUAUGAGGCUUCCACGUCUUCUAUUAAUAACAAGGAAACUGUAAACGUCUUUUUGACUGGUGCUACUGGUUUCUUAGGUUCAUUCCUUGUCAGAGAUCUCCUCAAUAGACCAAAUGUUAAAGUUUACUGCCAUGUUAGAGCAUCUUCUAAGGAAGCUGGACUUGAGAGAUUGAAGACUACUGGUCUUACUUAUGGUAUCUGGCAGGAAAAAUGGGUAUCCUCAAUUGAAGUCGUUCUCGGAGAUCUCUCUAAACCUAAAUUUGGUUUACCAGAAGCAGAAUGGGAUCAAUUGACUUCUCAAAUAGAUGUUAUUAUUCAUAAUGGUGCAUUUGUUCAUUGGGUCUACCCAUAUGCUCAACUUCGUGAUGCUAAUGUUAUUGGUACCUUGAAUGUAAUGAGUUUGUGUGAAUCAGGUAAAGCAAAGAAGUUUUCGUUCGUAUCCUCUACUUCCGCUCUUGAUACUGAUCAUUUUGUCCGUUUAUCUGAUGAAUUAAUUUCUGAAGGCAAGCCAGGUAUCCCUGAGUCUGAUGACUUGUCUGGAUCAGCAAAGGGAUUAGGAACAGGAUAUGGUCAAUCUAAAUGGGCAGCUGAACAUAUAAUUAGAGCAGCAGGUACAAGAGGUUUAACAGGGUGUGUAAUAAGACCAGGUUAUGUUACUGGGUUCAGUGAAACCGGUUCCUCAAAUACCGAUGAUUUCCUUUUGAGAAUGCUUAAGGGUUGUGCAGAAUUAGGUGUCUACCCAGACAUCGAAAAUUUUGUUAAUAUGGUUCCAGUUGACCAUGUAGCUAAAGUUGUUGUCUCAUGUGCUUUCUUCCCUCCUUCGUCUAAGGAGUUGGCUGUUGCCCAUGUCACUGGUCAUCCAAGAAUUAGAUUCAAUGAUUUCUUGAAGACCUUACAAACUUAUGGAUACAACGUCAAGAGAGCUAAUUACCCAGAAUGGAGAUCAAGCUUGGAAAAGUUUGUAGUUGAGACAAGUGAUUCUGCAUUAUUCCCAUUGUUGCACUUUGUCUUGGACAAUUUGCCUCAAGACACCAAGGCCCCAGAAUUGGAUGAUGCUAAUGCAGUUAAGUCUUUGAAACAGGACUCUAAAGCAUUUGGUGCCGAGGAUUUCAGUGCUGGCCGCGGUGUUGACGCAAAGCAAAUGGGUAUCUAUUUAAGUUACCUUAUCCAAACUGGAUUCUUACCAACUCCAUCUGGUAAAGGAGAAGAAAAGUUACCUGAAAUACACCUUGACGCUGAAACUUUGAGAUUAGUGACGUCCGGUGCUGGAGGUAGAGGAUCAGCUGCUAAAUAA